AGUGUCUCACUAGAACACAAAAUGCUUUUCACUGCAAGAAUAUAAUAGACUCAUUUUGCCUGGCUGAGCUGAUAGAGCCUUAUCUACAGUUCUCAGCACUGCUAUAUACGGACUCCCACUAUUGGCAGCUGCCUCACUGCUGUGUUUCCAACGCCCUGUAUCAAGCUAGACAGUCUGACAAGUUUCUCUUGCACCUUGCUUUACUAGGAUGGAAGGUACAUAUGCUUGAGGAACUUCAACAGGCCAAACACAGAAACUGAGUUGCUACUAGACAGAUAUCCUACAGAUCCUCAGUUGAAAAAUGACCCAUCUUCAGGACCAGUUCAUUCUGCCUUCCAACUCUAACCAGGAAAUAGCAGAGCAAUGUAUCAAAGAGACAGGUCUGGAAAAUGCCUUCUUUGCAGCCUACUACCUCUUAGAUUUCAUACUAGCUUUCCUGGGAAAUACACUGGCCUUAUGGAUUUUCAUCUAUGAUCAUAAAUCAGGCACCCCUGCCAAUAUCUUUCUUAUGCACCUUGCAGUGGCUGAUCUCUCAUAUGUUCUGACUCUGCCCCUCAGGUUAGUUUAUCACCUGACAGCAGGACAUUGGCCCUUUGGUGAACUGGCUUGUCGUUUUACUGGUUUCCUGUUCUAUCUCAACAUGUAUGCUAGUAUUUAUUUCAUGGCUUACAUCAGUGUUGACAGAUUCUUUGCCAUUGUUUAUCCAGUGAAAUCCAUCACAGUCCGAAAACCACUCCAUGCUCAUUUAGCUAGCAUCACUCUUUGGGUCCUCGUUGGAGUAGCUAUGGCCCCACUGCUUGCCACAGCACAAACUAUUCAAGUGAACAAUGUCACCAUCUGCCUUCAGCUGUACCGUGAAAAAGCCUCCCGGAGAGCCCUGGCAUCAUUGGCCAUCGCUUUUACCAUUCCUUUUAUUGUCAUCUUGUUUUCCUACCUGAUGAUUGUUCAAAGUCUCAAAAGAGGGAAUCGCAUUGAAAAACAUCUCAAAGACAAGGCUAUUCAGAUGAUUUCAUUGGUGCUUGCUAUUUUUCUGGUCUGCUUUGUGCCAUAUCAUGUAAAUCGCUUUGUCUAUAUUCUCCUUUAUGAUGGUGCUUCAUGUGAUAUGCAACGGAUCCUGGCACUUAGCAAUCGCAUCACUUCCUGUCUUACUAGUCUUAAUGGUGCACUUGACCCGGUACUUUAUUUCUUUGUGGCAGAAAAAUUCCGUGAGACAUUCCGGCGCCUGAUUUGUGGCAACAGACCUCAGACAUUAUCACAGAACAAUGAAGCAAAAACCAAUGAGAGUUCACUCAGUGCCAAAUCGGAACUAUAGCAUCUAAGGAGGUUCUGUUCUGCUUUGUCUGCAAUGGUACAAUCAUGAUAUCCUGGGCAAAAAAUAAAUGGAGAGCACAAAUACAAAAACCCAAGUCAACCACAGAGAGUACGAGUGAGUUGAAACCUAGUCCUGAGAGAGAUCUUGACUACACACAAUCAACAGAGAAGCCAGAACACAGAACAAGAACAUAAAAGAAAAUAAUAUGCUAACUAGUCUUUGAACAGAAUCUCAUAUUCUAUGUCCAUAACAAACCUGUCCAGUGAUCAGAACUAGGCCUGCACUACACCAUUUAAAAAACAAAUUCAGCCAUAACCUUGUCAAUUCUAGACGGCAGGCACUUAAAAUAUGGUCUGCAGCAAAUGGCAGCAUCAAGAAAACAUCAAAACAAGUGGUGUACUAAGACAAAAUUGGGCAAAUUAGAAUAAGACUUGGAAUUGCCCUAGAAGAAAGUCAGGCCAACCUUACACCUAGCUUGCUCCAACUCAAAAACUAUGUCCGUCAGAGGCGUGGUAGAAACUGAAACAUUGAUUGGUUCAGAACAAGUAAAAUAUAGGUUUUGUUAGAUUUUUUUCUCCUCUAGUGAAGCAUUAAAGUUUUAAUAAAAGUAAAUUGUAUGUAUAUCACUACAAAGGAAGCUAAAGUUACAGAAAGUUCACUGUAGUUACAUGAAAUACAUUCCAUCUAACAGGGUAUAUGCACUAAAACAGGUAUGACAGUGAAGUUUAGUAAGCUUUACCCCCUCAUUAUUACAGAAAAGGGGUGCUGCUUUCAGUCCAAAACAAGAAAGUCUUCCACUAUUCACAAGAGACUUUUCAGUGCCACAGAGGCAUCUUCAGGGUCGUAAGAGCAGCAACAUUUUCCUGCUUUUUUCUUAAUGUCAGGUUUUCUGUAAUGAGGCUGAGAGUCUCAACAUAAAGACAUCAGAAAUCAGUGAAUAACAGUUUUAAGUCAGAUCAGUAGGGCACUAGCAGAGUUAUUAACUGGAUAUAUUUUUUUAAAAAUGCAUAAAAUAUUCACUGUACAGUUUGCACAGUGAGCAUCUCAGGGAGAUCUGUAAAGUAUGGGGAUAGGCAUAAAAAUGUUAAAAUGGUACCAUUUCAUUCAAGGUCCUUACCCAGAGAUUCUUACUUAGAUAGUCUUUAAACAAGAACUCCUUACUCAAAGAGUCCUUGCUCACAGAUAUGACAGAAAUUCAUGUUCUGUGCCAGUACCAAACUCAUUUGCUUUAUUCCAGCCAGUAGAAAAGUCCUCUCAUCUUUGAAAUUUGUGUAUUAAAAAUAGAGCAAAGCAUAUGGAGACAGUAAAAAAAUGCUAGCUUGAGACUGAUACUAGACUUGUUCAAUGUUUGUGAACAAAGCUAUUAUGUGCAAUAAUAAAAUGUGGAUGGUGGAAUAACAACCAACUUUCCAUCACAACCCAUUUUUACACAACUUCUGAAAACAAUAAUUGCAGUAUAUGGAUGUAAAUGAGGCACACUCAAAAAAUAUGGUCAUACAAUCUCCCAUGGAAAGGUUAGUCCAUAAGUAACACUCCUGCUUCACAAAUAAGCAUGGAUUGCCCAAACUGUGGGCUCCACCCAUCACUUUAAAGGACCUAUAAAUUCCCAAACUGACCUCCGACUCUGUUUGCCAUGCAUCUCUGAAUAACUCAGUUUCUGUUAAAAAAAAAUAGUCAUGAGUCUUCUUACUCUGAUAAUUCAGCUUUGAGCUGUUAACAUGCAUAUUCUGUAGUCCUGCACGAGUCUAUUUUCUUACCAUGUAAAUCUGAGCAAGUCACAUAGCCUUUCAGUACUCUUUGGUCACUAUUGAAAGGAGGCUCCUAUGUCGAGUGGGUUCACAUUCUUAAUAAAUAAAAAAUCUCUGUAAGCAGCACCCUCUGUCUAUAGACCACUAAUUUAUCCACAGUCUUUCUGUUCCAUAAAUCUCCAACAUACUGCGGAGAUAUUAUAAGCUUAUCAAGUGAUGAUGGUUAUACCACACUGGGAUGCACAUGAUAGCAAAAGGCACAGGUUCAACUGCAAGGGGAUCUACUCUCAGAGCAAUGGAUAGCCACCCAAUCUGACAGUCAGACAGUGAUAUUAUAUCCUGUGUUCUCCUGUUAUAAACCAGAUGUUAUUCUGCAUGGUCUAGGGACCUUUUGGAUUAUGAAUGAAGUAGCAUCUGAGAACAGAAAUGUACCCUAUGGUUGGGAGCAUGACUCAUUCUCAGUAUAUUGAGAAUUCUGCAGAAGGUGUGUGGCAUCAUAUAGAUUUUGUUCCCAAUACUGCAAAUAUGGGUAGAGAAAGUACAAGAUGGGUCCAGCCAAACAUAUUUAUUCUUGUAAGGCUCUUCAUUUUCAAAAUGGCUGCCAUCUGGGCCAGAGAUACUCCAGUUUCCUUUGUGCACACGGAGCCUCUUUUGGGCAUUAGAAAGCAAUAUUUGUUUUUUCCCAGAUUAACAACUAGUCUAGACUGUUCAAGUUUCUGGCAGACUGCAGCUAGCAUGCUGUUGAGAGGGAUGACAAUCAAAGGAGAAGGAUUUCCAGAUGCUCAGCUCACCAUAUUGACAAGCCAAAGUACACAAUCAGGAGGGACUCCAGAUUUCAUUAACUGUAGCCAAAACUGGCCCUGUUCAAUUGCGACAUAAAAGUGUCAGUGUUAAAGGCACUCUGGAAACAUUCCGGUUACUGGGGCUCAGGCCAUGGAUUGUCAACUCUUUCACCAAUAGUGUGUGGACUACCUUGGAAAGGUCUGUUACAAGCAAUCACAAUGAGAUAAGCAGCUUCCAAGACUGUUUGUAAGGAUUAGUAUGGUUGUUGCUCUUUUCUAAUGUAAAUUGCUGGCUACAGUGCAUGCCACAGGCCUCUAUGCGUUUCCCUAGUUGUAUGCCUACUUCUCCUAGUAUUUUGUCUAAGGGAAAAAGCAAGGCAAUUGACGUGAAGGAUUUUGUUUGGUUGAGUGAAUCAGAGCUAUGUUUUGGAAUGGGUAUAAGGUCUGAAAUUCUCAUCAGCUCUAGAAUGGCGCCAUAAAAUAUAGAGGAUUUGAUGAUAUGCCUUAUUGGGAUAACAAUAAAGGUGUUACAUUCACAAAGAAAUUUGGGGUACAGGCCAUGAGAUCUUGUAAGCUUAUACCUGUUAAUACUACACAGUCAUGAAUUACUUCAGAAAAUCAUACAUCACAGAAGUGGAAAUUGGUACUGAAUUUGAAAACACUCUUCUGUAACUAUGACAGCCCGACUAGCAAGUUGCCAAGUGUCACUGAAAUGAGCUGUAAAGUAUUUUGUAAAUAAGUUAUCUUGCUGUUUUAGUUCAUUAACUGAUAUAUCACUAACAUUAGAACAGCAGCUUGAAGUGUGUGGACCUUCCUGCCAGAUAAUUUACCUCCUUCCAGAAUCCCCUAGGGCUACUGAGCAAGGACUCUUGACCCUGCUUUCAGAAGUCUGUUUUUGUUUUAUUAUUACUAUUAUUAUUAUUAUUGUUAUUAUUAUUAUUACUACACUGUGUUCUUUGUCAGCAGAAAUGGUCCUAGUCAUAUUGCUACAAAGUCCCUUUAUACCAUAUCCAGGCUUCUUUGGCAUGAAGCAAAGGCUUGUUUAAGUUCACUAGUAAUACAUGGGGCUUAUUUCUAGGAGGACAAAGCCUGUCCUGUAAUGGCAGUCUGAUGUUAAUGCAGUACUGAAGCCCAAUGGGAUGUGACACAUGUCCAGUCUGUAGUCACCAAUUCAUAUCACAGCUGUGACUCAGUCUUGGUUAAGGGAUCUGUAAAAAGCUACUUUACUUUGUUAAUGCUGACUGUUUAAUCAGUACAGAUUCUGUAAUUAUGCAUUAAUUGCAUGUAACCUCAGUAAAGCAAACAUAUAAUAAGUCACACUGAAUGCAACAACUAUGUAAUAGUAUAUCUGAAAUAAGAGAAAACAGAGCACUAAUUGCAACUGAUUUAAGGAUAACCUUGCAAUAUGAGAGCAUAACUAACUAUCUGUUGUGGUAUUUUAUGAUAAUUUCUGACAUGUCUGUCUCCAGAAAAGAAAUAGUCACCUAAUAUUUUUUUACAUAAGAAAGAAAGCUGCAACUGUAUUGAGGGGUCUUAAGACAUUGUCAAAUGUUGAUAUAAUGAUUACUUGCUUAUUCGCUACAAGAGUUUACACUGCAGUUUAUAAAUACAGACUACCAGCAAUCUUCUGUUUAUGCACAUUUUAGUAAGCAUGCAAUUAAGAUCUAAAUUCUUUAGCAAGUGAAAAUAUUCCUUAACAAAACUGACCCACUUUGGCAAUACAAGGAAAUACUCCAUGAAUGGCUAAUGAAAAAAGUUACCUUUACAGUAAAGUUGAAGCACUAGAGAAAGAUGGCAAACAGAAAAUAGUAAAUGGAUUUUAAUUUUGCACCGUUUUAUAUGUGCAUGUUUUAUGCCUAAUAAAAUGUGUUAUUAGCUUAAGAAAUGCUAUAGUGAACACAGUAACUUCAAUGAAGGCAAUAAUGUUAAUGAUAAAUGUUCUUGUCACAUUAUUGUAUCAGUGAACAACAGUGUACACAUCUGUAGAUAAAUAACUAUUUCUGGGGUGGGGGGGGUGAAACCUCUGGUAAAUCCUUGAAAGCAGUAACUUUUUUUGUAAAAGUGAGUUAAAAUACAUUUUAUGUAAAAACAUGUAUUCAAAUUAUUUUUUAGGUUUUCUAGAUGUGAUAAAGUGCACACUGGUAUCAAACUCAUGCACAACUGCCAAACAGUAAAAUAUCUAACACCAGGGAA